AAAUUAUCUGUGGAGUGGCGCUUAAAAGUCUCCACCCGUGGAAGACCCUCCUCUAGCCAGUAGCCAUUUCAUACUCCAAGAUUUCCCGCUCGGCCGCUCCGUGCAUGGCUUCAUCCUCCAUUUCUCUGCAAAAUUUCGACGACGACGAUGGAUUUGACUGGGAAGCUGCUGUGAGGGAGAUCGACGUGGCUUGUGAGGCCACAGCGGCUGCUGUCUCCGUCGACGAGACUUUGUCUUCUUCUUCCCGUGGCGUUUCGACAUCCGCCCCAAUCAAGAAAACGCUUACAAAACCCAAUGGUGGUGCUCCUGCUUCUGCCAGGCAGUCGACGCUGGAUAAAUUUCUGGAAUUUUCCCCUAAGGCUAAGAAUGCGGAGCCCAGUCCCCACUGUUCCAACCCUUUUGGAAUUCUAAAUGAGAAAGAUUUUGAUAACGAGGGUGAUGAAAGGGUUUGCUUUGUUCCACUCGAUUUAGAGGCCGCGAAGACUUGGAUUUAUCCAGCAAACCUUCCCCGUCGGGAUUAUCAAUUCGAAAUUACGAGGACCGCACUAUUUUCCAAUACUUUGGUGGCACUACCCACUGGACUCGGAAAAACAUUCAUUGCUGCUGUUGUAAUGUACAAUUAUUUCAGGUGGUUUCCAGAAGGAAAAAUUGUUUUUGCAGCUCCGUCUAAGCCACUUGUUAUGCAACAAAUUGAAGCAUGCCAUAACAUUGUAGAUAUACCGCAGGAGUAUGCUAUUGAUCUUACAGGUCAAACCAGUCCCACUAGAAGAAAAAGCUUUUGGAAAGAAAAACGAGUUUUCUUUGUUACUCCGCAAGUGCUGGAGAGGGACAUCCUUUCUGGUAUAUGCAUGGUGAAACAUCUAGUUUGCUUGGUGAUUGAUGAGGCUCAUCGUGCUACUGGGAAUUACUCUUAUUGUGUAGUGGUUCGUGAGUUGAUGGCUGUUCCUGUACAACUCAGAAUUCUGGCUUUAAGUGCAACACCAGGAUGAUGUCCAGCAUAUUAUUGAUAAUUUACAAAUAAGUACACUAGAAUAUCGUGAUGAAAAUGACCGAGAUGUGCUCCCUCAUGUGCAUGACCGGAAGAUAGAACAUGUAAAGGUUGCCAUGGGACAAGAUGCUGAUGAAAUCAAUAAUCUGCUGUCAGAUGUAAUAAGGCCAUUUGCUGGACGGCUUUCUGCGUUUGGAUUACUUCAGAAUAGAGAUUUUCAGAGAUUCAACCCAUGUGACAUACUUGAUGCACGUGCCAGAUUUCGUAGAGAUCCACCAAAGGACAUUCCUCAAGUAAAGUAUGGAGAUGUGGAAGGAUACUUUGGAGUCCUUUUGACACUUUAUCAUGUUCGGAAGCUACUCUCGAGCCAUGGAAUAAGGCCUGCAUUUGAGAUGCUUGAUGAAAAGCUGCGACAGGGGCAGUUUGCUCGACUAGUGAGUAGAAACGAAGAUCUUUUGAAAGCAAAACUUCUAAUGCAGAAAACUGUAGAUCACGGAGCUUCUAAUCCAAAACUGUCAAAAAUGCUGGAAAUACUAAUUGAUCAUUUCAGUAUGCAUCUUGGGCAUUGAUUCCUGUUUAUUAAUAAUCCAUUUCUCUUAAUUUUUGUUGACUACUUAUUGUGCAUUGCUUUAUAUUAUCAUGUACUAAUAUAUUGAUAGGGACAUGGACCGCCAAUAUGAAUAAUAAUAAUAGUAGUAUUAUACUCAGGAGUGUGUUAUUGUAUAAAUAAGGGUUUGGGCUAGGUACUAGUUGGCUUGGGCCAGCCCAAAAGGGAAUUUACUAUAAAUAGAAGUGGGAGUAGAGUAAUAAAGGUAGGCAGAAAUUGGGACUGGGACUGGGACUUUGGGAGUCGGAAACGACUUGGGAAUUGUAUUCUUUUAUCUCGGUUAAACAAUAAAUUUUGGUCAUUGAUCUUCAUCGCCAUUUUUAGUUCAGAAUUACUGUUGAAUUAUCGAUACCCUAACAUUGGUAUCAGAGCUGACGAUCGGGGUACCUGUUUAUGGUUGCUACGAGAAGAAAGAUGAAUGAACGAUUGGAAAACUUGGAGCGAGAAUUGGCGCGACAAUCUGCAGAGAUUGAGCGCGAGUUGGCAAGGCACCGCGAAGAGGCCAGAAUAAGGAGUGAGGAGGCUCGCGAGGAAGCCAGGAUGAGGAGCGAGGAAGCCAAACGUGACCUCGAGGACAUUCGCGAGCUGUUGAGAAGAAAACAUCGCCACCAUUCCCGCGGACGAUCAACGAACUCCAAAACGAGUGCCAGGCAGGGGAGCAGUGACUCUCGAUCAGUCUCAGGUAGUCAUCGAUCUACUUCUUCUAGGCCUAUCGAUAAUCAUCGUAGUUGGAUGGAGAAGUCUGGAAGGAAAGUUGACUUGCCCCUUUUCAAUGGAAAUGAUGCGUAUGGAUGGACUAUUAAGGUGGAACGUUUUUUUAAAUUGAACCAAAUUGAUGAUGAGGAGAAAGUUGAUCUAGUAACUCUGGCCAUGGAGGGAAGGGCUUUAAACUGGUAUCAUUGGUGGGAGGAACAUUCGAAUGUGAGAACUUGGGAUCUGUUUAAGGGGGCCUUGUUGCAGAGAUUUGAACCAGGAUUGGAUCAGGAUCCAUAUGGUCCAUUAUUAAAUCUUAAGCAAACUGGAAGUGUUAUGGAGUAUAGAGAUGAAUUUGAAUUGGUGUCAGCACCAUUAAAAAAUACUGAUGUGCAAAUGCUCAAGGGGAUUUUUAUGAAGGGAUUGAAGCCAGAGGUUAAGGCUGAAUUGAAGAAGAAUCCUGUAAGAACUUUGACAGAGGUCAUGAAUAAGGCCUUGAGGAUAGAAGAGAGUAAUAGUAUCCUCAGUUCCAGCAGGUACAGGGAAGAUGAUAGAAGGGGAACAAAGGGGACUACUACAGCCCAACCUCAAAGAUGGUUGAAUGAGAAUCAGUGGAAGAAUAGCCUCACCAAUCAGUCUGGAUCUGAGAAAUCUAACUGGGAGAAAAGCAAUGAGAUAGGAAAUAAAGGUGCAGGGAUAAGGGGAACACAGAGGUUGACACAGUCUGAGCUGCAGGAGUUGAGUAGAAAAGGUCUUUGCUUCAAAUGUGGGGAGAAAUGGGGAAAAGACCAUAUCUGCCAGAUGAAACACUUCCAAAUUAUCAUGUUAGAUGACUCGGAGGAGGAGGAAGAGCAAAGGGACAACUAUCCAGAACCUGUAUCUAUGAUGGAGGACAAUGAUAUCUCAAAAAUGCAACUGUCAUUACUGUGUAAAGAAGGAUUGACUACUCCCAGGACUUUCAAGUUGAGAGGAGAAAUUCAGGGCCAAAUGGGAAGCAAGGAAAUAGUCAUAUUAAUUGAUUGUGGGGCUACCCACAAUUUCAUAUCUCCUAAGAUAGUUCAAGCAGCAAACCUACCUACCUUACAGAUCCCAGAAUUUGAGGUUACGAUAGGAAAUGGAGACAUAAUCAGAAACAAUGGGAAAUGUGAAGCUGUGUGUCUUAACAUACCACAAUCUACCAUCACUCAAGACUUUUAUGUCUUAGAAUUGGGGGAAAAUGAGAUGGUUUUGGGUCUGGAAUGGUUAGCAAGCUUGGGAAAUGUUGAAUUUAAUUUCAACCAGCUCACCAUUACAUGGAAGGAAAAGGGAGUAGUCAGGAAGCUUCAAGGAGAUGCCUAUAGCAGCAGACACCAAGUUCCUUUCAAUUCUAUCACUCAAAAGAUUCAAGCAAGUGGAGAAGGAUUCUGCCUGUUCAAUUCUGCAAGGAUUGAAUCUAAGAUGGAAAAGGAAACAGCCAACCCAGGGAUGAAGGAAAGGCUCACUGAAAUUGCUGAUAAUAAGGGCAUUAUUGAACACCAGUGGAACCCAAUCCCGGUAGGCAUGGACUUCAUGAAUAAAGCUGUGGUAAGGGUGAAUAGGUUGACUGAGCAAACAGUUGAGAAUUAUAAGGAAGAACUUGGUAAGCAGGUUGCUGUUGCUCUCUAUGAGACAGCAUGUUGUGCCCUGGCUUCCAUAGAUGGUGAAGGGAUCAUGUUUGUUGCUGGGAAUAUUAGAGACAAAUGCUUACUGAAAAGUUUCAAGUAUGAUUGGAUUCAUGGUCUUGAUCAAGCUGAGGUCAAUUCUUUUGAAAAGAUGUGGGAACAAGAGCAAAGACAUCAUCAGGAGUUACAGACAUGGGGAGAAUUUUACAACACCAGGGUGCAAUAUGCCACCCUGCCUUUAUUUUUGCUCUUUCUGACUGAGAAGAACUGGAAAAUGAAGAGUCAAGUACCAAAGCCGAAGGUACAGAAUUCAGCAAUGUACUGGGAAGGAAGGGGUGCUAGGAUGAAGAUGAAGUGGAAGAUCAAGGCUGUCUCUUAUCACCCACCUUGAGGACAAGGUGGUUGUUCAAGGGGGGAGAUAUGAUAGGGACAUGGACCGCCAAUAUGAAUAAUAAUAAUAGUAGUAUUAUACUCAGGAGUGUGUUAUUGUAUAAAUAAGGGUUUGGGCUAGGUACUAGUUGGCUUGGGCCAGCCCAAAAGGGAAUUUACUAUAAAUAGAAGUGGGAGUAGAGUAAUAAAGGUAGGCAGAAAUUGGGACUGGGACUGGGACUUUGGGAGUCGGAAACGACUUGGGAAUUGUAUUCUUAUAUCUCG